AUGACACAAUGGUCAGUUUGGGUCAACUGUUCCACUUGCGACAAUUAUACCGUAAUCCAAUGGUAAAGUUGUUGUAAAAUUUUUAUAUGUAAAUUUAGAUUUUCCAAUGGUCAAAAAUUUAGUUUAAAACCUGAAUCGAGUUCCAAAAAACGGAUUUCGAUUACUCACCCUGAGGCCAUGUUGUAAUAAAAGCUUGUCCGAUUGUUAAAAAAGGUUCCGUGGGACAAGGGGAGGGAGAGAAGAGGGAACAGAUCGAUCACUUGCUCUUCCCUCAGACCUUUGGCCGAAAGAUGGGCGCUGAUUUAUUUGAUUAUCACUGAUAUGAGUCAAUGUGGACGUUUGGAAAAAUAUUAUGGCUUUUUUAUUUUGAUUCUUGUCUGAAUUUGAGGAUUCACUCCAAAUCUUGACACUUCUUGGUUUUUUUGGGGAAAAAUAGAGGUUUUCUUUUUUUGCACUGUGCAGAUUUCAGAAAUUUUGCCGCACGGUGCGGUUUUCCAAACCAUUGUAAAGUCAUUUCCAAAUACGGAAGUUACAUAGUAUUUCCAGAAUAUAAGGAAUAGUCGUAUUUUACACUUUCGACUCAAAAAUGCGAAUAUUUUUUGACCGCACAGUGUGAAAACUUCGAAUUUAUUUGCUGCACUGUGCAAAAUGUUCCUUUGGAAUUUUAAUGCACUAAACUAAUAUUUAAAGGUGUAAAAUAUGUCAUCCAUAAGUGUGUGAGCUCUAAUUCAACAAUCUAUUUUGCAGUGAGCUCAAAAUUUUAUUUGCAAAGUGCAAAAAAUUAAAAAAAAGUUUUUGCACUGUGCAAUGAUUAAAAUUGAAAUUUAAACAUUUUCAAAUAAUAAGCAAAAAAAUUUUUUGAUUGUCGCUUGCUGGAUUAGGUAUUAUACAGUCAAUGAUUUCGUAUUUUACCUCAAAACUUUCUUUGCACAGUGCAAAAAAGAUCCAAAAAAUUUUGCACAGUGCAAUUAUUAAAACUGGAAUUUAAACAUUUUCAAAAGAAAAACAAUUUUUUGUUUUGAUUGUCACUUGCUUGAUUAGACAUAAUAUGCUGCAUGAUUUCGUAUUUUACCUCAAAACUUUCUUUGCACAGUGCAAAAAGUACCCAAAAGAUUUCGCACAGUGCAAAUUUUCAAAAAUUUUUUUUUCAAAAACAAAAUUUGUUUAAACUUUUAGGCCAUAAAAAUCUGCUUGUUGGGUGUGGAAAAGGUUUGCUCAAAGUGAAAUCCGAUCAGAAAGUUCUCGGCUUACCGACCUUUGACCCGUUUUUUUCACUUUACUCGUUUCGAAAACUUUACUAAAACUCCUCUCCGAGAUCUCUCGAAGAACCUAGUGCAUCUAAUUGGAUUAAUUUUUAUUCAGUUUCGCCAUUUUUUCGAUGAUGUUUCGAAAAUUUUUGCUUCAACAGUUUCGAGAUUUUUUUCGGAUAUUUUUUUUUUUUGAAAUUUUUUGCUAAAUAGCACUGUAAAAUUGUUAAAUAAGUGUUGUAGAUAAUUUUAGUUACAUUUAUAUUUCUAUUUAUACUGUAAAAUCAAAAAAAAUUUCAAAAUUUCGUCAAUUUUUCGCGAAUUUUUCAUUUUUUUUUUCAAAAUUUUCGUAUUUUAUCUUCAAAUUUCAGUGAUAUACGACCACCACGACCUUAUUUAUCGUUGAGAGUUAUCUAAUUUUCAAAUUCUACCAUCAUAAUUACAAAAAUUCAAUAAAAUUUUUAUUUAUUUUUUUUUUCAAAAUCAUUUUUUUCGCAAAUUUCGAGGAAAAAAUCAACAGAAAAAAGUUGAAAACCGACAGUCGGAGAGCGAAUUCCGACCACCCCUGAAAGUCCUCGAGCAUAUGCGACACAUAAAUUGAGGUCUGGCUCCAAUUUUCCCAGGCUUCUCCAAAAAGUAAUCGAAUUUGUAAAGGUGAGUCAUGUUGAGAGUGCGGUAAUUAGGGGGGUUGUUUUUACUGAAAUUUGUAACAUUUUUUCUAAUCUGAUUUUUUUUGUAAUUCGCACAAAAUUUUUCUGCACUUUGCAAGUAUUUUUUUUGUUUGCACAGUGCAAAUUUCGGAAAAGUAUUUUUUUUUGCACAGUGCGAAAAUUAUUAGAAAAAUUUUUUUUGCACAGUGCAGUAAAAGAUUUUUCGUUUGCACAGUGCAAUCAAAACCUGUUUUUAAUUGCACAGUGCGAAUUAACCCAAAAAAUGUUUUUUGCACAGUGCAAUCAAACCAUUUUUUGACUGCACGAUGCGAACUAUCAAAAAGUGUUUUUUGCACUGUGCAAUCAAACUUUUUUCCAUUUGCACGGUGCAAACUGCGAGAAACUAUUUUCCGCACUGUGCAAGUGUUUUUUUUUUGUUUGCACGGUGCAAAUUUCGAGAAACUAUUUUAUUUUUUCGCACGGUGCAAAUCGAAUUUUUUCGCACGGUGCAGUCACUUGUUUUUAAUUGCACAGUGCGAAUUAGCCCAAAAUUUUUUUUGCACAGUGCAGCCAAAACUUUCUUUUGAAUGCACAGUGCGAAUCAUCGGAAAAUAUUUUUCGCUCAGUGCAAUCAAAAAAAAAAUCUGCUUCGCACUGUGCAAGUUGCGGAAAACGAUUUAGUUUUUGCACAGUGCAAAUUGUCAGAAAAUGUUUUUUCGCACAGUGCAACCAAAGCUUUUUUCGUUUGCACGGUGAUGCGAGAAACUCUAAUGUUUUCCGCACUGUGCGAUUGUUGUUUUUUUUGCUUGCACGGUGCGAAAAUUAUUAGAAAAAUUUUUUUUGCAUGGUGCAUUAAAAGCUUUUUCGUUUGCACAGUGAAAUCAAAACUUUUUGAAUGUACGGUGCGAAUUAUCAAAAAGUGUUUUUCGCACAGUGCAAUCAAAAUUUUUUCCGUUUGCACGGUGCAAUCUGCGAGAAACGAUUUUCCGCACUGUGCGAUUGUUGUUUUUUUCCCUUGCACGGUGCGAAAAAUUAUUAGCAAAUGUUUUUUGCACAGUGCAGUAAAAGCUUUUUCGUUUGCGCAGUGCAAUCAAACCAUUUUUUUGACUGCACGGUGCGAACUAUCAAAAAGUGAGUGUUUUUCGCACUGUGCAAUCAAACUUUUUUUCGUUUGCACGGUGCAAACUGCAAGAAACGAUUUCCCGCACUGUGCAAGUGUUUUUUUUUGCUUGCACAGUGCGAAAAUUAUUAGAAAUUUUUUUUGCACAGUGCAGUAAAAGCUUUUUCGUUUGCACAGUGCAAUCAAACCAUUUUUUUGACUGCACAGUGCGAACUAUCAAAAAGUGAAAAAAAAUUUUUUUCAGAAUUUUCUCAACACCAUAUCGAACGACCCACAAAAAAUGAGUUUCCGACGACCCAAAAAUCACUCAGACAAAGCGAACGAACCCCAAUCUCGAUCCAAUUUCCACGGCGCCUCAGGCAACGCACCUCAAUCACAGGCCGAGAUUAAAAGUGUGGGUAAGUAAACAAGUGUCCUCUCUUUUUUCGAAACUCUCGGACUUACCGCACGGUAAAAAAAUGGAAAAAGAUUUCUUUCGCACCGUGCGAAAGAAAAUUUUUAAAAAUUCUUCUGCACUGUGCGUUAAAAAUCAAAUGCACUGUGCAGCCGAGCCUGCUGCUUUGCACCGCACCGUGCGGAAUCAGCGACAAAGAAAGAAACGUUUUCGCACUGUGCUGCCGGCUUCCUCACUUUUGAUUGCACGGUGCAGUACCACAAAAUUUUUUGCACAGUGCGAGAGAAAAAAAAUUUUUUUUGAGACUCUUUGCACUGUGCAAUUGAGCUUUUUUUCCACCGCACCGUGCGGCUGCAGCGACAAAGAAAGAAACUUUUCCGCACUGUGCAAAACAAAAUUCAAAUCAUUUUUUGGGUUUUGCACAGUGCAAAAGUUUUUUUGAGGAGACUGCACUGUGCGUUUUUCCAAAUUGGUCCAUUGCACUGUGCGGCCGGUUUUUUUCUCACUUUUGAUUGCACGGUGCGAUGGGCUAAGGCUAAAAAUUUUUCUGCACAGUGCAAAAAUCGAUAAACCUAAAAAAAAAUUUUGUCAUUGGGCGCAAAAUUUUUUCAAAGUUUUUUUUUAAAAUUUCGAGUUCGAAAAAUCCGUUUUUUAAGUCUAAGCCCUGAGGCAAUAAUCUUUCUCUGCCACUCUCCAAACUUCAAAUACGUUCUCACGGAUCAAGUUUUGAAGUGUGCAUAAAUUAGCGAAAAAUAUUUUUCCAUCGAUUUCCACAAGUGCCUCCGGGCAGCGGCUGGCUGUUGAUUUUCGACUCCGAACGAAAAAAGUAGCUGAAAAUGGAUGACCGAGGUAAAGUUCUCAAAAGUUUUGCACUGUCCGAAGAAGAAAGGGCAUCCAUUUGCACGGUGCGGGAAGAUUUUGGAGGUUUUGUCGCUUUUGCACGGUGCAAAAUGGUCUUGGACAACCUGCACUGUGCGAUCAAAAAAUAAAGUUUUUUUGCACAGUGCAGUCGUCCCAAAAAUUUUGCACCGUGCAAAACACAAAAAAUGGCUAGUUUUUCCUUGCACUGUGCAAAAACAAACUUUUCUUUUGUCGCUGCACCCGUACAGUGCGCUCAAAAAAUGAAGCUUUUUUGCACAGUGCAGACGAACGAAAAAUUUUGCACUGUGCGAGACGGCAAGAAGACGAUGGCUGUUCUUUGCACUGUGCAAAAACAAACUUUUCUUUUGUCGCUGCACCCGUACAGUGCGCUCAAAAAAUGAAGCUUUUUUGCACAGUGCAGACGAACGAAAAAUUUUGCACUGUGCGAGACGGCAAGAAGACGAUGGCUGUUCUUUGCACUGUGCAAAAACAAACUUUUCUUUUGUCGCUGCUCUCGCACGGUGCGAUGAGAAAAAAACGUUGAGCUGCACAGUGCUAAUUUUUUUUAUUCGCGGAUUUUUUUGAUUUUGCACUGUGCAAAACAAUAAUUUUGUCGCUGAUCUCCGCACUUUGCGAACCCAAACUUUGGAUUGCACUGUGCAGUGAUUCUUUCAUUUUUGCACUGUGCAGUCAUCCUUUGAGCUUGCACUGUGCAAAAAAAACUUUUCUUUUGUCGCUGCGCUCGCACGGUGCGAUGAGAAAAAAACGUUGAGCAGUGCAAAAAUUUUUUUCUGCACGGAUUUUUUUUGAUUUUGCACUGUGCAAAAACGACUAUUCUUUUGUCGUUGAUCCCGCACUGUGCGAUGGCACAAACUUUUCACUGCAGAGUGCAGUCACCCUUUCAGGUUGCACUGUGCAAAAAAGAAAAGAAUUUUGUCGCUGACCCCGCACUGUGCAGUCAACACAAAGUUUUGACUGCACGGUGCAGCCACCCUUUCAGGUUGCACUGUGCAAAAAGACCUGCAAUUUCACAGUGCGAUGAAAUAAAGAUUACUGUAUUUUCAGAGCAGCUCAUCCAGCUGAUGAGCCAAGUGAAUGCGGCAGUAAAAAAUGGCGACUUUGGCACUCAUUUGGCCAACAAUAUUUUCCAAUUGUGCCAGAAAUUGAAGACAAUGGGACAACAUUUGGAGCAAACACACAAAGGUGGGGGUCUAUACGAGUGCUAAAUCAAGUUUUUUUGUCGCUGCGACAGUCAAAAUUAUCGCAAAAAGCCAAGAUUUUUUAAUUUUUGUACUGCACUGUGCAGGAAAAAAGAAACUUCAAUUUUCUGCACUGUGCAGUCAGAACUUGAAAAAAUUUUUGUUUGAAGGGGUUUCUGAAUCAUCACCAUUGUCGCGAUAUAUUACAUUUCCUGAACUGAAACCUAUCUUGUUCAUUUUUGGGCAAUUUUCGAAAAUCUGCACAGUGCAAAGCAAAAUUUUUAUUAUCUUUUUUCACAGCAAAUUGCUUUCCAGCCGAACUGAAUAAGGUUUUUGUGUCGCUCCGACAAGCCUCAUGUCGCGAUAACGGGCAAUUGGGAACGCCUUGUCGGCUCAAAGUGAUGGAAUUAAUCGAAUUGCGCGCUAUGGGAUGGCGUCCGAAUAUGGCGCACAGUCAGUACUACAUAAACAAGGCCGAGGAGACCCGAAACGAGCCGAAGAAAGAGGUGGUUGAGAAUCGAUCGCCACCGGUUCCGGCGCAUAAGGCGCCGCCGGCGCGGGAAUAUCAGCCAAAUUAUGGACCGCCUUUUGUUCCGUCGUUUGUUGCGCAACAGGUAGGUUGAAUUUGGACAAAGUGAACAGUCAAUUCUGUCGGCUGAACAUGUUAGAAGAGGGUGAAAUUCGAAAUUUUACAAUAUUUUGAGGUAUCGACAUUUUAUACGAUGAAAUAUGUUUGAUCGUAUAAAAUGUCUCCGGUUUGGGAUAGUCAAGAAUAGCAAUUUGCUUAUGUUUUACCAAGAUUUGGAGGUUCUACAAUUCAAAUUUUAUCCAAAAUGCAAAAGUAUGAACUAUUUUUUUAGCCAAUUUUUGGGUCAAACCUCUUUGAAAUUGAAAGUCCCAUAUCUCAGGUAUACAAAAAGUAUCGUCAUUAGAUUUUGGCUAUAGCAUCACGAACCCCCAAACCUCACUUAUGCCAAAUUUUAUCCAAAUCGAGCUAUCACAACCCCUCGUUUCAGCCAAUGUAUGAGCAGCAACCGAUGGGCCCAGGCCCCGGCUAUUUUUUGAUCCCAGCAAAUGCCCCAUGGAGUCCGCAAAUGAUGGGACCUGGCAUAAUGUCGCCAUUUCAACAUCCUAUGCGUCCGCCGAACUGGCUGCGUCAAAACCCGGUGGCGGCGGCGGUUGGCGCUCAUUUCAAUUUGGAUGGAUUUCAACCAAAACCCGCAAAAACGGCCCAAUUAAGGGAGGAGAUUACUAUCAAAAAUGCGGAUUCUGGAAAGAGUAAGUGUUUGGCGGUAAUGUAGAAGUAUUUUUUGAACAAAAACUCGGUUAAGUCGCGUAUUUUAGACCAAAAUAUCGAGUGCACAGUGCAAUUUUUAAAAUUCAAAUUAUUGCACAGUGCGGAUGUCGCACUUGGAUAAAAUUACGAAGCUUUGUUCCAAAUGAGGUGUAGAUAGCCAUAGACAAUGCGAAAACUUUUUACAUUGGUGACAACUAGCAAAAAAAGAGGCCGUUUUCCAUUGCACUGUGCGGUUCUUUCGGACUUCCGGAUUUGCACCGUGCAGGACAAUUAUAAAAAAUUUUUCUUGUGGUACGAAGGCUAUCUCAUACCCUUUGUUUUGAUACAUGCAAAAACCGAAAACGACAAAUUUUGAGAUUUUUGGAAAGGAUUUUUGACGAUGCACUGUGCGGUUUUUUCGAACUUCCAAUUUUUGGACCGCGCACUGGGGAAUCUAAAAAUUUUUUUUUCGAUAGAAAGGCUACCUCAUUACCUUUGUUUUGAUGCAUGAAAAAACCGAGACCGAAAAUUUUUUAAAUUUUUAAAAACGAUUUUUUACGAUGCACUGUGCGGAAGACAGAAUUUCUUCAAAUUGAAUAAUUUUUGCGCAAAUUUUGGCAAAUAACAUCUCAACGACUUCAAAAAUUUAAUUUCAAUUUUUUUCACUCAAAAAAUUACAGUAAUGGGAGUGAAAGGACGCCGAGUUGCGGUGGUGGAAGAGCUGAGCAAGACGAUCAUCAGCUUCCAGAAAGUGGACCACAACAGCAAGUAUCGGAUCCUGGCCAUCAGCGGAGGCAGCCCCGAGAGCAUCCAAUAUGCGAAACGACUCAUCGAAGAGACCAUUAGACGAAAUGUAUCGCCCAAUAGAGUAGGUUGAAAGUUGGGACGAAAAGGGUUUUUGCACUGUGCGGCGGGAGAUGAGACGAGAAACUGCACUGUGCGGUGGAAAAAAUAUGUUUUUGCACCGUGCAAAACAUCGCCCCGAAUUUGCACAGUGCAACGGCUCCGUAAAAUUUGCACAGUGCAAAAUGUCGCUUUGAAAUUGCACUGUGUGGCGGGAAAAAUUUUUUUUGCACUGUGCAAAAUGUAGCUUUGGAUUUGCACGGUGCGGCGGAAAAAUUUUUUUGCACUGUGCAAAAUGUCGCUUUGGAUUUGCACUGUGCGGCGGGAGAAAUUUGCUUUGGCACUGUGCAAAAUGUCGCUUUGAAAUUGCACGGUGCAGCGGAAAAAAAAAUUUUGCACUGCGCAAAACAUCGCUCUGAAUUUGCACAGUGCAACCGCUCCGUAAAAUUUGCACAGUGCGAAAUCUUCUGUCUUAGCACAGUGCGGCGAAACCAUAAAAAUGCGGCGGGAGAUGAGACGAGAAAUUGCACUGUGCGAAGGGAAAAUUUUUUGUUUUGCACAGUGCAAAAUAUCGCCUCGAAUUUGCGACUAUCCGUAAAAUUUGCACAGUGCAAAAUUUUCUGUUUAUCUUAUUGUUAGCACAGUGCGGCAAAAUAAAAUUAUUUCUGCACUCUGGGGUGGGGAUAAGACAAGAAUUUGCACGGUGCAAAACAUCGCCUUGAAUUUGCACGGUGCGACGGCUCCGUAAAGUAUGCACAGUGCGGCGAAUCCAAAAUAUUUUUGCACUGUGCGGCAAGUCUCCAAAAAUUUGCACUGUGCGGGAGCGACAUUUCCUUGCACUGCGCGAUUUCUUUCUUUUUGCCGUAAAACUGCACUGUGCAAUUAAAAAAAAUUUUUUUUGAUUGCACAGUGCAGACGGAUUGACAAACGUGUCCACUGCACUGUGCGACAAAUUUUUGAUUGAAACUUUGCACUGUGCAAGGCGACAAAAAUUUUUUUGCACAGUGCGAUAAAACAAACUUGCGGACUGCACUGUGCAGAAUGAAUAAAAUUUGAUUGCACAAUGCAAAAAAGAAAUUUUUUUGUAAAUCGCACAAAAAAUUGGAAAAUUUGAUUUUUUUUUUGAUUUUGGUUAUUUUCAGAUGGAAACAAGUACGAUUCAAGCAGCCGAGCCGGCGUCCGAGCAAGAAGAAGAGGACGAUGGAGAAGAUGGGCCUGAUGUUACCAUUGAAACUGGCAACGAUGGCUCGUUAAAAGUGUCCUGCGCUGAUCCUGAAAUGCUGGAAGUGAGUUUUGAAAAAAAAAAAAAAUUUUUUUAAUUAAAAAUUUUUUUUUUUUUUCUAAAAUACGAUUUCAAAAAAUAAAAAAAUAUUAAUUUAUCGUAUUUCAGGCCGCGCAAGCCGCCCUCCGCGAGUACAUAAACCUCCGAACGGGCCGAAUGUCGGCCAAAGAAAGGGAGGAGAAAAAAGAUCGCCGCAAAUCGAUGCCGAUUCCGAGUAGUGCCGAAACCCAAGUCACAGAGAAGCCGGCCAAGAGUGCCGAAGAGGGAAUGGUACCCAAAAUUGCGAAUGGUACCCUCAAGUAAGUGAAAAAAAUUUUUUUGGAAUUUUUUUUUUUCAAAAUUUCAAAUUUUCAUGAGAAAAAUUUGUCAAAAAUUUUAUUCUUUCCCCUAAAACGUCAUUUUCUCUCGCAAAAAAAAAAUUUUUUUUAAUUUAUUUUUUCAAAAAAAAAUUUUUUUUGAAAAAAAAUCACAAAAAUUUCAUGUUUUCCCUCAAAAAAUCGUUUUUUCUCUCAAAAAAAUUUUUUAAAUCCACUUUUUUUAAAAAAAAAUCUAAAAAAAACUCAAAUUUUCAUCAAAAAAAUUGUCAAAAAUUUCAUGUUUUCCCUCAAAAAAUCGUUUUUUCUCCCCAAAAAAAUUUUUUUUAAAAUCCAUUUUUUCCAAACAAAAAAAAAAUUCCCAAAAAAUCUCAAAAAUUUCCCAAAAAUUCCCCCAAAAAUCCCAAAAAAUUUCCCUGCAGAGCCCAUGGAUCCACACCCAACCUGAUGGCCGAGUCGAUGAAGCCGUUGGUGGCGCGCGACCUGCGCUACGAUCGGCCGACAAUGAUGGCCAUCAAGGAGUCGGUGGAGGGCGUGGCCGCCGAUGGGAAGUUGAUGGAGAAGGCGGCCCAGCUGAACGCCUCCGCCCAACCGAACGACCUCAGCGACUCCAACGCCGACUAA